GGCGGCGGCGGCUGCGGCUGCGACUCGGGGCUGGGUGUCGGACCCGCGGGUGAACUUGGGCGCCGCGUUCCGGGUGACGGAGCCCCAGGAUGAGGAGCGCCAGCCGCCGCUCUUGACCCUGCCUCCGCCGCUCCGGGGGCUGCCGAGCUCGCCCCAUCUCUUCCCUGCCCGGCCGCGGGUGAACCUGCGGGCUCCCGACCCAGCCGGAGGACUUUUUGUGAAAGGAAACGAGGGAGGGAGGGAGAGGGGAAGAGGGAGAGAAGGCAGGGAGCUCGUCCAUCCAUUGAAGCACAGUUCACUAUGAUCUUACUCGCAUUCAGCACUGGAAGACGGUUGGAUUUCGUGCAUCAUUCGGGGGUGUUUUUCUUGCAAACCUUGCUUUGGAUUGUAUGUGCUACAGUCUGCGGAACGGAGCAGUAUUUCAAUGUGGAGGUUUGGUUACAAAAGUACGGCUACCUUCCACCAACUGACCCCAGAAUGUCGGUACUGCGCUCUGCAGAGACCUUGCAGUCCGCCCUAGCGGCCAUGCAGCAGUUCUAUGGCAUUAACAUGACAGGAAAAGUGGACAGAAACACCAUUGACUGGAUGAAGAAGCCUCGGUGUGGUGUACCCGACCAGACAAGAGGCAACUCCAAAUUUAAUGUUCGUCGAAAGCGGUAUGCAUUAACAGGACAGAAGUGGCAGCACAAGCACAUCACGUACAGUAUAAAGAACGUGACUCCGAAGGUAGGAGACCCUGAGACCCGCAAAGCUAUUCGCCGUGCCUUCGACGUGUGGCAGAAUGUAACUCCUCUAACGUUUGAAGAAGUUCCCUACAGUGAAUUAGAAAAUGGCAAGCGAGAUGUAGAUAUAACCAUCAUUUUUGCAUCUGGAUUUCAUGGAGACAGUUCUCCCUUUGAUGGGGAGGGAGGAUUUUUGGCGCACGCCUAUUUCCCUGGACCGGGAAUCGGAGGGGACACUCAUUUCGACUCUGAUGAGCCAUGGACUCUAGGAAACCCUAAUCAUGAUGGAAAUGAUUUAUUUCUUGUAGCAGUUCAUGAGCUGGGACACGCUUUGGGACUGGAACAUUCCAAUGACCCCACUGCCAUCAUGGCUCCAUUUUACCAGUACAUGGAAACAGACAACUUUAAACUUCCUAAUGACGAUUUGCAGGGCAUUCAGAAGAUAUAUGGUCCACCUGACAAGAUCCCUCCACCUACAAGACCCCUACCGACAGUGCCCCCACACCGCUCUAUCCCUCCAGUGGACCCAAGGAGACAUGACAGGCCCAAGCCUCCACGGCCUCCCACUGGCAGACCUUCCUAUCCUGGAGCCAAGCCCAACAUCUGUGAUGGGAACUUUAACACUCUAGCUAUUCUUCGCCGUGAGAUGUUUGUUUUCAAGGAUCAGUGGUUCUGGCGAGUAAGAAACAACAGGGUGAUGGACGGAUACCCCAUGCACAUUGCUUACUUCUGGCGGGGACUGCCUCCCAGUAUCGAUGCAGUGUAUGAAAACAGUGAUGGAAAUUUUGUCUUCUUUAAGGGCAACAAAUAUUGGGUGUUCAAGGAUACAACUCUGCAACCUGGUUACCCUCAUGACUUGAUUACUCUUGGAAGUGGAAUCCCCCCUCAUGGGAUUGAUUCAGCCAUUUGGUGGGAAGAUGUUGGGAAAACCUAUUUCUUCAAAGGGGACAGAUAUUGGAGAUAUAGUGAAGAAAUGAAAACCAUGGACCCUGGCUAUCCCAAGCCAAUCACAGUCUGGAAAGGGAUCCCUGAGUCUCCUCAGGGAGCUUUUGUCCACAAAGAAAAUGGCUUUACAUAUUUCUACAAAGGAAAAGAAUAUUGGAAAUUCAACAACCAGAUACUCAAGGUAGAACCUGGAUAUCCGAGAUCCAUCCUCAAGGAUUUUAUGGGCUGUGAUGGACCAACAGACAGAGAUAAAGAAGGACACAGCCCACCAGAUGAUGUAGACAUUGUCAUUAAACUGGACAACACAGCCAGCACUGUGAAAGCCAUAGCUAUUGUCAUUCCCUGCAUCUUGGCCUUAUGCCUCCUUGUAUUGGUUUACACUGUGUUCCAGUUCAAAAGGAAAGGAACACCCCGCCACAUACUGUACUGUAAACGCUCUAUGCAAGAGUGGGUGUGAUGUAGGGUUUUUUUUUCUUUCUUUCUUUUCAAGAAGUUUGUGGUAACUUGAGAUUCAAGACAAGAGCUGUUAUGCUGUUUCCUAGCUAGGAGCAGGGUUGUGGCAGCCUGAUUUGGGGCUGACCUUCCAAACCAGAAGGUUGCUGGUCUCGCACAUGAGUGGAGACACACUCGUGGGGAAGAUUCCAUGAUGCACAGUAUCUGCCGUUCUUCAGUCCUUUGUCUUUCCUUGUCAUGCAGUUCUAGGCCUUUCCUCUGCACGCUCAAUGCCCAGUAAAAUUCCAGGAUUACCUAAAGAAGAGGAAGAAAAAAAAAAAAAAGGAAGAAAAGAUUCUUCUCAUUUUUUUUUAAAUAUUAUUUUCCUUUUGAAGUCUGAGCCCAUUUCUGGGACAAAAAAAAAUAAAAAAUAAAAAGAAGCAAAACAGAGA